UUCAGACGGCUGAAAUGGUCAUUGAUGAGGAUGAAGAGAAGAAGCGCGAGAACGAUGAAGGUUCUGCUGGUGGCAGUGGGGACGAGUCUGGGAGUGGUGAAGGAGAGGAAGAGGAUGAAGAGGAUGAGAUUGUAGGGUCUCCUCAGUCGACGUUGGAUUCAGCGUUGGCACUGGUGUCCAGAUCAAAGCAAGAAUAGCUUGGUCUGUGCGCUCCCCGCUUGCUCGUUGCUCACUCUAUCCGAAUCAUCGAUACACCCGUUCACAUCCGGUCGCUUCUCUUAUCUUCUUGACGAAAAACACCGAAGUCACGUACCUACCUAAUUCAACUCCUGAAACUCACGAUGGCAAUAACAACAACCCUACCACAAACAACCACCAUCAUGGAAAAAGAUAUCCUGGACAGAAACAUCAUGUCAAGAGCAGAACUCGAUCGCGUCAAGGCCAGAAUACUUGCAAGCAAGACCCUCACUGAAUCCAAUGAUCCCGCACGCAACCUUCAGAAAAUGGCCUUGGAAUGCAUCGAGGAUGUUCGCGAACGCAUGGCUCACAUCAAAGAACGACGCGAGCAAAGACUUCUGGACGAAGAACAAAAAA